AUGCAAGAUUCUAAACCUCAUAUACUUGUAGUCGAUGAUGAUCAUCCUCUUUCUACUAAAGAAGCUAAAUCAUUAUUACAAUAUUUUAUUUAUGACUUAAUUAUUUUAGAUGUCAUGCUACCUGGAAUUAAUGGAAUUGAUUUUGUCAAAACUAUAAAAUCUAAUAAGAGUGAAACUCCUAUUGUUAUGCUAACAGCCCUUUCAGAGAUAGAUGAUCGUAUAAGAGGGUUAGAGUCUGGGGCAUCCGAUUAUAUUACAAAACCUUUUGAACCACGUGAAUUAUUAAUUCGUAUUAGAAAUUUAAUAAAUAACUAUAAUAAUUACAAAAAAGAACAAAAAAUCAAACGAUUAGGUAAUAGUUAUUAUAAUUUAGAAUCAAAAGAAUUUAAAAAAAAGGAUAAAGUUAUACUACUAAGUUCUACAGAACAAAAAUUAUUAGAAAUAUUAAUUAGCAGUAAUGGACAAACUAUUUCCCGUGAUGAAUUAUCAACACUCAUGGGUAACUAUAGUAUUCGUUCUAUUGAUGUACAAAUUGUAAGAAUACGAAGUAAAAUUGAAGAUGACACAAAAGAACCAAAAUAUCUAAAAACUAUCCGUAAUGAAGGCUAUGCUCUUUAUACAUAA